UCUCUUACACUCACACACACUUCAUAAUGUUAAUCUUUCUCCUCAUGGGUUUUCUACAUUUUGUAACAUAAUUUAUUCUCCUUUGGUCCUCUUAUAAAUAUGCAUCAACAAGUCUUGGAUUAGGAGCGGGGAUCCUUUUCUAAAGCUCAGCAUGUGUGUUAGGGUGAGAGUGUGUGUGUGUGUGAGUGGGUGCCUGCAGGCUUGAGUGUGUGUGUUUGCGUCUUAAGCCAUGCAGAGCAGAAUACGGCCUGCUGUAAGCCCAGGCAUGUGUGAUUUGUGUGAUUGGGUUUAGGCAGGGUUGAUAGGCGACUUCUUGGACACUAGAUGACCAGACCUCAUGUCAUCCUAACAAUAUCAAGUUCGCCCCAUCACUGAGUGUCUCAGAGGACGGGCAGUUUGUGGAGAAGAUCCAAGACUCUUGUAACUUUUCUGCUGGCCACAUCCUGUUCAAACACAUCUCUCCCCUCGUGUCCGUCCUGGUAUUCUGUCUUGAUCAACAGACUCAUUUCAGUUCUCUCCCACACACCUAACUCCCCCAAUCUGGCCCCAUUCUCUGACUUCUUAGUUUAUUUUUAAGCUCUUCUGUCUUCUUUUUUUUCCUGUCUUUUUUGUCUUCUCCUGCCCUUGCACAACCCUGCUAAUUUAGUCAGUCACUGCACCAUUCCCUCGCCCACCUCACCCCUCUGUUCCCCUAAUGGGCUCCACAUCAGACAGCAGCGCCACAUUCCCUUCAUCGUCACUGAAAUCCUCUUUCCACCCCUAACCACCUCGCCAUUACCACCACCAACACAACCCGAUGGAGAAACAAGACAUGAUGCUGACCAACAUGUUGAACAUGGACAAGGGGGAGAAAGAGGGAGAGAGGGAGAAAGGGAGAGCGGAGAUCCCGGGGGCCGAAGAGGAGGGGACACAGCAGGAAAAUGGCAGACUGAUGUUGGCCGACGGUCUCGCAGAGAGAGGAACCAAGAGUCUGAGCUCCGGUUCUGAACAGCAGGUAUCCAAUGGCUUCAACACAUCCACCCCUCAGAGCCCCAAGGAGGGGCCGGGGAGCGCCGCCUGCUCUGGAGGGACAGCCUCCGCGCCUGGAGGAGGCCCCGGGUCCUCGGUGCCGCCGGGAGGCCUCAGGACUCUGGUGGUCCAACAGACCAGCUUGGAGAGGCCCAGAGAAACCUGGAGCAAGAAGAUGGACUUCCUGCUCUCUGUGAUCGGCUACGCUGUGGACCUGGGAAACGUCUGGCGCUUCCCCUACAUCUGCUACCAAAACGGAGGAGGUGCCUUCUUGCUGCCUUACCUGUUGAUGGCCGUGUUUGGAGGCGUCCCUCUCUUCUACAUGGAGCUGGCUCUCGGCCAGUUCCACCGCAGCGGCUGCAUCUCCAUCUGGAAACACAUCUGCCCCAUCUUCAAAGGGAUCGGCUUUGCCAUCUGCAUCAUCGCCCUCUACAUCGCUUUCUACUACAACACCAUCAUGGCCUGGGCUUUGUACUAUCUGCUGUCGUCGUUCCGGCCCGUCCUGCCGUGGACCACCUGCUCCAACAGCUGGAACACCGCCAACUGUAACCGCUACAUGUCCACCGACCACAAUGUGUCCUGGUCCAACUCCUCCACCUCCCCGGCCGAGGAGUUCUAUACCCGCCAGGUGCUGCAGGUCCACCGCUCAGCAGGUCUGCACCAGCUGGGCGCUGUCAGCUGGCAGUUGGCCCUUUGCCUGCUCUUCAUCUUCACCAUCGUCUACUUUAGCAUCUGGAAAGGAGUCAAGACGUCUGGAAAGGUAGUUUGGGUGACUGCUACCUUUCCCUACCUGGUCCUCCUGGUGCUGCUUGUCCGUGGGGCCACUCUGCCCGGGGCCUGGAGGGGCGUGGUCUUCUAUCUCAAACCUGAUUGGGAGAAACUGCUUAGCACAACAGUGUGGAUUGAUGCAGCCGCUCAGAUUUUCUUCUCCCUGGGUCCGGGUUUCGGCGUGCUGCUUGCUUUUGCCAGCUACAACCCAUUUCACAACAACUGCUACAAAGAUGCCUUGGUCACCAGCUCUGUGAACUGUCUGACCAGCUUCCUGUCCGGCUUUGUCAUCUUCACCGUGUUGGGCUACAUGGCCGAGAUGAGGAAGCAGGACGUUGGUGCUGUGGCCAAGGAUGCUGGUCCCAGUCUUCUAUUUAUAAUUUACGCAGAAGCCAUAGCAAACAUGCCUGCUGCUACUUUCUUCUCCAUCAUCUUCUUCCUCAUGAUCAUUAUGUUGGGUCUGGACAGCACGUUUGCAGGGUUGGAGGGGGUGAUCACGGCUAUGAUCGACGAGUUCCCGCACCUCCUGGCCAAGAGACGAGAGUGGUUUGUCUUCGGCCUGGUGUGCGUCUGCUUCCUCGGGGCCCUCUCCACACUUACAUAUGGUGGAGCGUUUGUUGUGAAGCUGUUUGAGGAGUACGCUACGGGCCCUGCCGUCAUCACCGUGGUCCUGCUCGAAGUCAUCGCCGUUUCCUGGUUCUACGGUACCGACCGUUUCUGUAAUGAUAUCAAGCUCAUGCUUGGUUUCUCCCCGGGUUUUUUCUGGAGGAUCUGCUGGGUGGCCAUCUGCCCCUGCUUUCUGCUGUUCAUCAUCAUCAGCUUCCUGGCCUUCCCUCCAGAGGUCAGGUUGUUUGACUACCACUUCCCACCAUGGACCACUGUCCUGGGCUACUGCAUCGGGGUCUCCUCAUUCAUCUGUGUGCCUGCUUAUAUGGUCUACUACUUGCUCAAUGCCAAGGGAACAUUCAAACAGCGUCUGUUAAAGAGCAUCACUCCAGUGCCCAGCGGAGACCAAUACAGAGACUACAUUAUCACCAACGCAGUCUGACCAAACCCGGACCAACAGACCGGGGGCCACUCUCUCUACACAGAGCGCCCUCUUCUGGACAAACUGCAAAACCACAGGACAAGGGGGCUACCUUUCACCGUCUUUGCCUCUUUUUCACACAUCUCCCACACUUCUCUUUAGUCAUCUCACACCAGAUCUAAAGUAGUGAUGGAGGUAGGCGGAUCCAGGCUGCAGUAGUUUAUUUAGUUUGGUUUAUUAUGCUGGUUCAGUUUUUAAACGAGUUCUCUGGUGUAAAAAAGCCCAGAGUUUAGCUUCAGUAUCUUAAGCAUCAGAGUCCUCUCUCUAUUUGUCCAGGUGUCACCUAAGUCAAAGUGACCUUCCUUCAGGUUAUACAUCACAUAUUUUAUACGCUUAUAUAAAGUAUCAUACCAUAUCUGCAUCAUGUAGGCACUAAACUGCAGAUACUACACAUUGAAAUCCUUUGAAGAAGGACAGAUAUUUCGAUCCUCUCUCAGCCUUUAUGGUUGCAUUCAUGUCAUGCUGUUAAGUUAUGCAUUCUGAUAUGUAGCAAAAUUCAGGUAUCUGUUUCUGAAGCCAAAUAUAUCUGAUAUCUGUUCUGUUCAUAUUUCUAAAGAUGUUUCCAUAUCGUAGCUGUCUUUAUGUUGUGUUUACUGUCAGCCUGUGUUUAUUUGGUGGCAUCUUGGACAAGUGAUGGAUUUGCAAUGAGUUCCCUACACUGUGAAACACUGUCUGGUAGUGAAAUGAGCGUGUGCGUGUGUGUGUGUGUGCGCGCGCGUGUGUGCGUCUGUGUGUGUGUGUGUGUGUGUGUGUGUGUGCGUGCGUGUGUGUAUGUGUGUGUGUGUGUGUGUGUGUGUGUGUGUGUGUGUGUGUGUGUGUGUGUGAACAAAGACUGUUAUAUUGUCCAGUGGGGAAAAAAACGGAUCACAGAUAGAAUCAACCGAGUGUAUUUAUUCUAUACCUGCAAUAUAAAGUGUGUAUUUAUUUUAUAAAGUUUAAUUCUGUCAUUUUGACCUCCUACACUUCAGUAUGACAACAUGACCUGACACAGUGCCGAUGGUCUAAUCACACGGCACACUGUUGUCAUACUGUAAUAGAAACCAAAUAUGGAUUGGAGCUGAUAACAUUGUCAAUGGCAUAGUCUGAAAAUCUGCGUAACUGCUCUUUACUUUCUACCAAAACAAUAGUGUGUUUGUGUGUUCAUGCACAUGUGCCUGUGUGUGUGUUUCCGAGAGUGUGUGUAGGAGCAGGAGUUAAAAUAUGGCGAGUACUGUACAUCUACAUGUGUAUUUACUAGUCGGUCUGGUAUUAGUGUAAUCUGUGAAUACCUGUCUCACUCCAUGGAUGUGUGUGUGUGUGUGUGUGUGUGUGUGUGUGUGUGUGUGUGUGUGUGUGUGUGUGUGUGUGUGUGUGUGUGUGUGUGUGUGUGUGUGUGUGUGUGUGUGUGUGUGUGUGUGUGUGUGUGUGUGUGUGUGUGUGUGUGUGUGUGUGUGUGUGUGAGAGAGAGUUUAGUUCCUGUGUGGGUUUGAGUGUUGUGUGUGUGUGCACCUUAAUUAGUGUGUCGGUGCACCUUUGAGUGGUUAUGCUAAAAGGAUUAGAGGCGUUCAGCCCCUUCAUGUGUGCAUGCCAUACUGUGUGUGUGUGUAUAUACCAUACUUAAAGUAUGUGCGUGUGUGUGUGUGUGUGUGUGUGUGUGUGUGUAAUGUGAUCUCCUGUUGUCUUGUUAACUGCCAAAAAUAUCUUAUGAAGGACGUCAACUCUUCUUGCCUCUCUCUCUCGUACCUCUCAAGCUUAUGUAAGAUCUAUGUAUGUCAAUAAAAGACUGUAUUGAAUAAUACACCUGUAUAGAAUAAAGAUAUAUAAAUAUAUGGGAAAUAUUAAUAAAGAUAUAUGGAAAUAAAUAACCUCUGUCAUCUUUCA